GUUCGAUCCAAGGCCGAUCGAUGUCAUAUCGUUCAAGCCACAUCAGCGGAACGUUUGCAUGUGUCUUUGCUGCGUUUGAUCUUUGCUCUGCGACGUUUAUUAGUGCCACAUCAGUUCUUGACGAUUUCUGCCUUUGGGAGACGUCCCAGCCAUGAGUGAAAAGUCGGAAUUCCAGAAGAAGCUGUUGCAAAUCGGCAUCGAUGGCAUGCUCUCUGCAUGCAUAGCACUAGGGACAAGGCUGCAGCUAUUCAAUGCCUUGGCAAAGGUUGGAAGCGAGAGUAGCCCGGCCACUGCUGCUCAAGUCGCAGAUGAGAGCGGAUGCAAAGAAAGGUAUGUGAAAGAAUGGCUAGCCGCGAUGGCAACUGCCGACAUAAUAUCUGUCACAGAAGAUGAGAAGUUCUUCAUCAAACAAGAGAACAUCACUGUACUGACAAGCACCAUGGCGGUUAUGGCAAAUUCUUUGCUUCCAAACUUUCUCAAACCUUAUGAUAAACUGUGCCAAGUGAUCAAGACAGAUGGACCAUUGGGAUUAGAUUACUCGGACUACACAGCAGAAUGCUUUGACGUAAUAGCUAAACUAAGUGAAGCAGCUCACAAAGAACAUCUUAUCCCCAAUAUUAUUCCCUCUCUCGGGGCGGAUAUACAGGAUCGUCUCGAGAAGGGUGGAUUGACGUGCUUAGACAUUGGUUGUGGCAAGGGAAUACAUGCUUUUCAUUUAGCACAGCAAUUUCCCAAAUCAAACUUUAUUGGAGUUGAUGCCAGCCCUGAUGCAAUCUUCUUGGCAGAUAAGCACAGAGAAAGCAACGGUUACACGUUGGAAAACCUGAAGUUCAUCCAUAUGGAUGGCUCGAAACUGGAUCCCGGUUGGACGAACAAGUUUGAUAUAGUCAUCAUUUUUGACGCAUGCCACGAUCAGAUGAGACCAGAUCUGUGUCUCAAGGAAGUCUACCGCGUACUCAAACUAAAGGGCGUUUUCGGCAUGAUAGAGAUAUACGGGACAUCGAAUAUCUAUGAGGAUAAGGAAGAAGAUGGAGCUGUAGCUGCAAGAUACUAUGCAUCCUCGUUGUUUCAUUGCCUUCCAGUUGGAAGCAAUUCUAAAGAUGCUCUAUGCCUGGGCGCUAAGUGGGGGACCAAGCGAGGUAUCGAACUACUCAGGGAGGCUGGGUUCAAUGAGAUCUCCGUGCAUCGCCCAACUUAUUUUCUGCACAACGCGUUCUAUAUCUCCAGAAAAUAACAUCGCUUGGGACCAGACCCAAAAAAUAUCACAUCUUUAACAAUGUGACCAAAUAAACCAUCAAUGACACAUCUGAC